GGGUGAGAACCACUGCAUUACAGUAUCCUCUCUCGGAGAAUUCCUCAACAGCUCACAGCUUGUCCAAAUUGUGCUUGUCUUACAUAAUUGUAAAGGUUUGUGUAAUACUAACCUUUCUUUCUCAGGUGCUGGAUAAGGGGGUAGGUCAUCACAUCAGAGACACAGAGCAAAGCAGCUGUUAUAUCACUCAUCUCCAAUCAUAUAUCACUUUUCAUAUCACUUUCUGCCAAGCUGUCAAACAGAGUAAAGUGGGCUGUGACAAAUGUGUUCAAAGUCUCAUGCACAAUUUAAGAAUUUAGGAAAAUCACAAACUAGCUUGCUUUGUCAGAAUUACAUGUGAAUAGUGUUUUUUAAGUUUCAUUUCAGCUGUGUGAUCAAGUUUAUUUAACCAGAAAAGAUUACUAUUAAAGCCACUGCAUUUUUCCAUGCUGUUCAGAUAUGACAGUGAUGACACUGCACUGAGAGUAUCAUGUGUCGGGAAGUUGUAUGGAAUGUACGCCAAAGAACAAGUACAUCCAGUUUGAGCUGUUAUGAGUGCAAAACCUUUGAUUUAACACAAGCAAUCACGCUUACAGUAAUGCUAAGACGACUGAAAAACAUUUUAUUUCUUAAUGUCUGAAGUGCUGCUCUGUAGAAAAGUGACAAUUGUGUGAAGAUGGCCUGCUGUAGCGAAUUAUCCAGACAACCUGUGUCUCUGCUCAAAGAAGAGGUGAGAAUAGUGCUGCUGGGGACAAACGCAGAUGUUAAAGCCGCCUGUGGAAACACAAUCCUGGGACAAAAGGUGUUCUCAGAGUCACUGUCCCCCUGCAAUUUGUUUAAGAGUCAUGAUGGGAUGGUGCUGGAGAGACGUGUGGUCAUGAUCAACACCCCUGACCUGCUUGAUCUCAUUCUCUCUCCUGAGGAACUCGACAUGAGAAGAUUGUUUUAUUUGGCUUACCCUGGACCUCAUGCCCUACUCGUGGUCCUCAAGCCUGGAACAUUUACAGAUCUAGAGCGAGGUGUCCUUAAGCUCAUUAACAACAUUUUUGGUGCAGGUGCAUCUGAGUAUGUGAUUGUCAUCUUCAUGCAUGAGGAGCAGAUGGAGUAUAUGAGCACUGAAGACUCUGACAAUGUCAGCAGAGCCAUUGAGUCUCUCCAAAAGGCCUGCAGACAACCACAUCAUCAUCUACAGAGGAAUGGAGACCAAUUAGAGGUGCAGAAACUCAUGGAGAGCAUCGAGAAGAUGGUGGAGGAAAAUGGAGGCCAUCAUCUAAAGAUUUCUGAUGAUUCAAAACCAGCUAAGAAAAAAGAGACAAUCAGAGACAAUCAUCAAAGAUCAAAUACGCUUCCUCUAGAGACCAAAGGAAAGGGAAGUAAAAAAAUUGAUCAUCCUAACAUGUGUGAUCUGAGGAUUGUUCUUCUGGGGAAGAAUGAUUCAGAAAACCACAAAGUUAGAAACCUAAUCUUGGGAAUAGAUGUGAGUGACAGUGAAGAACUGGCAGCUUUACUAAAGCACAAAGUGCUGUUCAGUCGAACAGUGAAGGACAGACAUGUGACCAUCAUCAACAGUCCACAGCUGCUCCAGACAAACAUCUCAGAUCAUCAGAUCACACAGACAGUGAGAGAGUGUGUGAAUCUGUCUGAUCCAGGACCUCAUGUCUUCAUACUCGUACUGCAGCACAAUGACUUCACUGAGGAGGACAUGACAAGAGUCAAACACGUGCUGAAACUAUUCAGCAAAGAGGCGAUUAAACGCACCAUUAUGAUCACAACUGAUGAAGAGACCGAUGGCUCACAAAUGAGUCCUAUGGGAAAGAAUACAAGUGUUCAUCAGUUGAUAAAGGAGUGUGAUGAAGGAUAUCUGCAGCUUGAUGAAACAAAACCAGAAUUAUGUUUUGAGAUAUACAAGAGGGUUGAUAAGAUACUCAAGGGAAACCAGGAAGACCAUCUCACAUGUGAGAUACAAGAAGAUGUGAAAGAAACACCAGUGGAUGAAGAGCCUAUCAAUUCAGCAAAAGAAACCAAGAAGAGUUCUUCCCAAAAAGAUGAUGGAAAGCACAAAAAGAUGAAAAUAAAAAUAAAGAGAAGAAGUGAAGGAAGAAAUUUUUUUGAGGCAAGAAAGCAUUCUCCAAAAUGGCUUCGCCAAUUGUCACUGAAUUUCUCUGGAAAACAGAGGUUAAAUCUGGUGCUGUGUGGAAGUGAUACAACACUUAAGGACUCCGUGUCAAAACUUUUACAAGGGAAAAAUCUAAAACCUUUACAUGAGAGAGCAAGCAGUGAAGAGUGUGUGAAGAUAGAGGAGAAGAUUCAUGGAUGUCAGAUCAGUCUGGUGAAGCUUCCAGCUCUCAAUCGGCUCUCAGAGGAGAAAGUGAUGCAUCAGACUCUCCGCUGUGUGUCUCUCUGUGAUCCUGGAGUUCAUGUUUUCCUUCUUGUUGUUCCUAUUGGUCCACAUACUGAUGAUGACAAAGCAGAAAUAGAGAAGAUCCAAAAAAUAUUUGACUCCAGGGAGCAUUUUAUUGUUCUUUUCACAACUGAGCUUACUGUUGAAGAAAUUGCGUUUGAUUUUCUCAAAUCCACAGAAAGUCAGAGCUUGAUCAGAUUCUAUGGGGGUCAGUGCAGUGUGAUGGGAUUAAAGGAAUCUGAAAACUCAAGACAGAUCAUAGAUUUACUGUAUUACAUAAAGAAGAUGAAGACGGAACCCUAUUCACUUCAGACGCAUACGGAAGCUCAAGAGAACCGAUUCAGACAUGGAACAGAAGAAAGACUGAGUGAAAACAAAGAACAAAAGAAUCAGCCAGAGGGUGCUGAAGCUGAACCAGAUGAUCAGGAGUGUCUGAGGAUUGUGCUGAUCGGAAGGACAGGAAGUGGAAAGAGUGCAACAGGAAACACUAUUCUGGGAGGAAAUGAGUUUCAGAGCCAAUUAAAUGCAGAUUCAGUGACGACUGUUUGUAAGAAGGGAGUUGGGGAAGUUGAUGGUCGAAUAGUAGCUGUUGUUGAUACUCCAGGACUUUUUGACACAACACUGACACAUGAUCAAGUGAUGGAAGAAAUAAUGAAAUGUGUUUCACUGUCGUCACCUGGACCUCAUGUGUUCAUCAUUGUGUUGAGUUUGGGAAGAUUCACCAAGGAGGAAAAUGAUACUAUGCUACUGAUAAAGAAGAUCUUUGGCCUGAAAGCUUCUCAGUUCAGCAUCAUUCUGUUCACUAGAGGAGAUGAUCUCGAGGAUGAAUCUAUAGAAGAUUAUGUGAAGAGAAAUAACUCUGCAGAACUGAAGAAACUGAUCAGAGAUUGUGGAAACAGAUUCCUGGUUUUCAACAACAAAGAAAAACAAGACAAAACUCAAGUGAUUCAACUUUUAAACAUGAUAGAAGAGCUGAAAAAUACUAAUGAGGGUCGAUACUUCACUAACAGCAUGUUUGAGGAGGCAGAGAUGAGCAUUAAAAGAAGAAUGGAGGAAAUAAUGAAAGAUAAAGAGACAGAAAUUCAGAAUCAGAAGAAUGAAUUAAAAGCCAAAUAUGAGAGAGUAAUGAAAGACAUGAUAAGUAGAUUUGAGGAAGAAAAACAAAGAGCAGAGGAGGAAAUGCUUAAAAUGGAGAAUCAAUUCACAGAAAAGGGGGGAAAACUCAAACAAGAGUUUGAAGAAAAAGAGAAAACAGAACAGAAAAAACGAGAGAUUGAAAACCAGAAACGAUCAGAAGAGGAAAAACAGCAAAGAGCUGAAUAUCAUCAAAAUAUUGAGGAAAUGAAGAGAGAGAUUGAAAAUCAGAGAUUACAGUAUGAAAAACAGCAAAAAGAAAGAGAAGAAGAAGAUAGAAAGAGAGAAGAGAAAUACAGACAAGAUCUAGAAAAGAUAAAAAAUGAACAAGAACGCAUUUUAGUAGAGUUACGAAUGAAUCAUGAGGAAGAAACUAAGAGAGAUAUGGAGGAGAAAAGGAGGCAUGAAGAAGAAGAGGAGGAGAGAAGGAGAUGGAAAAUAAAAAUAAAAGAGGCUGAAAAUGACAGAAAAGAAAUUCAAGAGGAAAUUAAACGACAGCAGAGAGAAUGGGAGGAUGAAAAGAAACGACAGAUGAGAGAACGAGAGAAAGAAGAAAGAAAGAGAAAAGAGAAACAUGAGGAACAACUGAGAGAAAAACAAGAAGAACUGCAGAAAAUGAGAAAAAGAUUUGAAAGAGAGAGAGAAGAAGAAAGACAGAAGAUAGAGGAUGAGCGACAGAAACAGAGAAGAGAGAAAGAAGAAAAAGAGAAAGAAUAUGAAGAAAAGAGACAUGAAAUGAAAAGACAUUUUGAACAACUGGAACAGGAGAGAAAACAGGAGUGGGAGAGAAGAAAACGAGAAGAUGAUGAGAGACGAGAAGAAGAGAGAAAGAGAAGGAAGAAAAUGAUUGAAGAUCUGAAACAAGAGCGAGAAGAAGAGAUCAAGAGAAGAAAAAGAGAGAGGGAGAGGAAAGAAAGAGAACAGACAGAACAAGAGAAAUUAAAACAGACAUAUGAAGAAGAAAUAAAAGACAUGAAGAAGAAACAUGAAGAUGAAGCCAGAAAACAAGCAGAAGAAUUUAAUCUCAGAGAAAGAGAACAACAAAAACAAAAUGAAAUACUACAAAAACUCUAUGAACACCUGAAGGAAGAGAAAGGAGAAGAAAUAAAAGAGCUACAAAAACAGGUUGAAGAGCUGAGGAAUAAACCCAACUGUGUCAUUCUGUGAUGUUUCUGAACAUUUAAAUAUAAUAAUAUUAAUGAGUAAGCUUUGAUUUCAGUCAUUUCUUUGAACUGGAUUUUAUUAGAUUACUUUGAAUGUUGCGAUCCCAUCGGACUUGUGAUAGCUGCCUGAAUCGUAACAAAGCACUGUUCUCCAGAGGAGAACUGGCCCCCCAACUAAGCCUGGUUUCUCACCAUUUUUUUUUUUUCUUUCCAUUUUAACACCUGUUUGCCUCCUGAUGUCACCUGUUGG